GACGGGGUGCGAGGAGGGGGUUGCAGAAGGAGCUGAGCGGCUGCUGCUCAAUGGCGGAAAAGCCGCCGGUCCUCUGACCGCCUCGUCCCCCUAGCACUUGCGGGGGAGUUUCCUGCCGGCGCGGCUGGAGUCUCUGUUUCUCAGGGUUCGGUGGCUGGAAGAUGCUCCAGAGAGACGAGGCUGCGACGGAGGAGGUGGCGGCGGCCGAAUCGGUAGCGGCGCUAGGGUGGAGAGAAGGCGGCAGUGGCGGCGGCGGCGGCGUGCGGGGCCCGACGGUGUAAACAGCUCCGGAGGCGGCGGAGGCGGUGGCCGAGACCCAGAGGGGAAAGCGUUGGCUGAGGCAGGAUCGUGCCUCCGUUGGAAGCCUGGGCUGAGUGCAGCAGAGGGGUGUCUGCGGCGGGCUCGAGCAGACGCCCUAGACCUCGCCACUCUCUCUCGCCUCAGCUUCUUUACUAAACAUGGGUGCAUUUUUGGAUAAACCUAAAACUGAGAAACAUAAUGCUCAUGGUGCUGGGAAUGGUUUACGUUAUGGCCUGAGCAGCAUGCAAGGAUGGAGAGUGGAAAUGGAAGAUGCACACACGGCUGUUGUAGGUAUUCCUCAUGGCUUGGAAGACUGGUCAUUUUUUGCAGUUUAUGAUGGCCAUGCUGGAUCCCGAGUAGCAAAUUACUGCUCAGCACAUUUAUUAGAACACAUCACUAAUAACGAAGACUUCAGAGCAGCUGGAAAAUUGGGAUCUGCUGUUGAGCCUUCAGUGGAAAAUGUCAAGAAUGGUAUCAGAACUGGCUUUUUGAAAAUUGACGAAUACAUGCGUAACUUUUCAGACCUCAGAAAUGGAAUGGACAGGAGCGGGUCAACUGCUGUGGGAGUUAUGAUUUCACCUAAGCAUGUCUACUUUAUCAACUGUGGUGAUUCACGUGCUGUUCUGUAUAGGAAUGGACAAGUCUGCUUUUCUACCCAGGAUCACAAACCUUGCAAUCCAAGGGAGAAGGAGCGAAUCCAAAAUGCAGGAGGCAGCGUAAUGAUACAACGUGUUAAUGGUUCAUUAGCAGUGUCUCGUGCUUUGGGGGACUAUGAUUACAAGUGUGUUGAUGGCAAGGGCCCAACAGAACAACUUGUUUCCCCAGAGCCUGAGGUUUAUGAAAUUUUAAGAGCAGAAGAGGAUGAAUUUAUCAUCUUGGCUUGUGAUGGGAUCUGGGAUGUUAUGAGUAAUGAGGAGCUCUGUGAAUUUGUUAAAUCUAGGCUUGAGGUUUCUGAUGACCUGGAAAAUGUGUGCAAUUGGGUAGUGGACACUUGUUUACAUAAGGGAAGUCGAGAUAACAUGAGUAUUGUACUAGUUUGCUUUUCAAAUGCCCCUAAGGUCUCAGAUGAAGCAGUGAAAAAAGAUUCAGAGUUGGAUAAGUACUUGGAAUCACGGGUUGAAGAAAUUAUGGAGAAGUCUGGUGAGGAAGGAAUGCCUGAUCUUGCCCAUGUCAUGCGCAUCUUGUCUGCAGAAAAUAUCCCAAAUUUGCCUCCUGGGGGAGGUCUUGCUGGCAAGCGCAAUAUUAUUGAAGCUGUUUAUAGUAGGCUGAAUCCACAUAGAGAAAGUGAUGGGGGUGCUGGAGAUCUAGAAGACCCAUGGUAGCCUUAUAAACCUUCUAAAAUGCUUUUGAUUCUGAAAAUUGGGGGAAAAAACUUUUAAUCACAAUUUUCUUCAAUACAAGGGAAAAAUAUUCUUGUGGAUUCCCAACGUUUUGUGAUAUGAGCAGAAAAUCAUUAGCAUUUCCCAUCAUUUGUUCAUAUUUGUGUUUUCUGAUAAUUGCCACUUGUAGCAUUGCCUGUACUACAGUAUUUUUUGCCACCCUCAGGCAUACUGGUUACAUCUGUAUUGAACUUUUGACCCUAGGAACCAACGGAGUUAUUUUACCACAAAUAACAAAUGUGCCUGAGGUGCAUGGGAAUAUAGUUAGCUGUACUCUGAAGAUACAUUAUGUUUUUGUUUUUUUGGGUUUUUUGGUUUUUUUUAGACAAGACACACAACAUAUAAGCAUGUAAGAGUAAAGACUUGUAUGAGAUGUUUCUUUUUCAAUUCAUCAAAUUGAAAGCCUUCUGCAGCUGUGUGGCUUGAAAUUUCAUUUGAGCAAUUUACUAUAAGAUUUAUAUUUAUUAUUAAUUGUUAUUUAAUUAUUUUUCAAUUUUACCUGUAUUGCCAACUGGGUUCUCCAAUAGUGUCCAAAUUGUAAUGUUGCCUGCUUCAAGAUAAAGUGUAUUUGGCAAUAAUACUACAAACCCUUAACAAAUUUUAUGCAUGUAUCUGCUACAUCCUUCAGCUCUCACUAGAAAAUCUUUUGAAACCAAAUAGAUUAAUUUGUGGCUAUUUAUAAUUUGCUUUGACAUCUCACUACUGCAAAAUUUUUUAAAUGAAGAUACUUGCCUUUAUAAUGUAAAUUGUGAUUUUUGUUUUACAUGUGGGUUUCUAUAGUUUUACUUUUUCAGCUUUUAAAAUACAAGUUUUGUGUAAUUUGAUAUAAUUUUUAAUUGUUUACGUUAUUUUAAAAGCUCAGAAUAUCACAUUGAAAUGACUAUAAAUACAUUUAAAAUUAUCUAUUUUAGAUCUAAGGGAAUAUUACAGAGAUAUUUUCAUGGGUUCAGUAACCUUUCAUUUUAUAACAUUGGGCACGGUACAGAGUGGCUGUCACAUAAGGUACUUGAAGAUUAUUAGUUUAAUUCUAUUUUUACAAUAACCUUGAAUUCUUUUGAGUUUUGCAUGUAUCCAAUUAAUGCUGAACAUGAAGAGUUAAAUAUUUAUCUAAAAGAGGGUAGAAGCAAUGAAUGUAUCCAUUUGUACAUGGUUUACAUGUUGUGGAUGCUUUGUAAACAUUUUCCUGUAUGUUUAAACUGUGUUUCAGCAGGAUGUAAUUGCCCUUGUGUGUAGUUAGAAUGAGUCAUCAUCUGGUCCUGUGUGAAAUGGAAUUCAUGGUAUUUUCUGUAACAUUUUCCUGAAGCUGUUUCUGGAGAGCCACACAUUUGAAUACAGACAGCUUUCCUGAUCAUUUGAUUCAUUGUGCACCUGGUUUUUGGUCUAAAAGGAAUUAUUGCCACAGUAUAUUUUAUUUAUUCUUUAGAUUUUAGCCUUGUAAGUUAAAAAGUGCUUUACAUGAUGAUGUUACAAGCUGUUUGUCCCUUUACCGGGUUUGGGGGGUUGUGAAAAGAUAGGGAAUGAAGAAUGCAAAAUGGUUUAUUGUUCAAACUGUCCACUCUGAUCCAACCCUGUACUGAUAGUACCUUUCCAGUAUGAUAUUGUGAUGUUUCAUACAAUGCAGUGAACAUAACCAACUUGUUACCUAAAUAAAGAAUUGAUAAAAACAGUGUGACAUAUUACUAUUUGGUAUGAUUUUUAAAAAUAAGAGUCCAUUUUAAAUGUUAUUUUUAAACAUUUUAUAUAGUUAGAAUAUUUAUUGUGAAGUUUUUCAUCAAAACCACAUAGGGGGAUUUUAUACAAAGAGACAUUAAACUCUAUGGUACAGUACUAAUUAAUUAGCCCCUUCUCUACUCUAAAAACAUUUUUAUACUACUUAAAAAUUCUUUUUGGGGGAGUUUAGUGGCUCUUGAAAUACAAAUAAUGUGGAACUUAUCAAAAGAAAACCUAUAUUCAAUGUUUACUAAUCUAAAAUACCUAAUCCAGCUGUUCUCAGAUAUUUUAAUCUCAGGACCCACUUAUAUUCUUGAAAAUUGAAGAUCGCAAAGAACUUUUUGCUCUUGUGGGUUAUAUCUGCUUCUGCAUUCAGCCUGUUGCAAUGUGGCGCUUUGUUUGAAGUAUAUGAAGAAAUCUGGGCUCAUACAAAUUAAUUUGGAAAAGAAUAUUUUAAUAGUGUCACAUAACUGUGGAUUCCUCUUUGAUAAAUUACCAAAACUUGAGAACUUUUCUUUAAGGUUAGUUGCAGUGUGAAAUCUGAAACUUGAUCAGCUUUUUACUGUUACAUUAAAAUCCAUUUGAUCUAUCUUACAGUUUGAAUGGAUCUUCUACUUUUGCAAGAUUUCAUAACAUAUCAUGCUUUGAACAUUGGGAAGUACUGGUUCAUGGAAUUACUCAGUUCUUUAGAAUAUUGAUAAAUUAUUAUGCAGUGUUUACAUUUUUUUGUCAAUAUAACAGAAAAAAUCUUUUAAGUAUUGCGAAGCUGUCAAGCUCACGGUGAUGGAUACAGAUUUUUCAAAAUUCUGAUUUUCAUUUGAAAGCUUAAAUGUUAUCAUUGGCAAAUAUUGUCAGUUUUUUUUUUUUAAGUGACAGGUUUAUUGAUUUUAGAGUAAAUGUCUGCUGAACAGCCAUACUCUGUCAGUCACUCUUUGAAGUAAAAGUGGUGUUACGUGAAAAGUGGCUAGUCCAGCUCACAUCUUGAUAGCAUGAGACAGCCCUCACACAUGCUGUAGAACCAGUACUCUCCAUUGCAUUGUGCAGGAUAGUAAAAAGGUGUGUGCUCAUGGAUAGAGAUGGAACAAAAUUAUUUUUUUACUGCUUAGUCAAGGACAUUGUAAACUGAAACUGGCUUUUUCCUCUGUUCAUUGUGAUUGUGGAGCUACAAAGCAACUAAUAAGUUUUGUGUUGUCUGGGUUUUGCUAAAGUGCCUGCAGUUUUACCUGCCAUUUCUUCUGUAAACCAGUGCAAAUUCAGUAUGUUGAGAAAGAAUAAGUAUUGUAAAGGAAACAGUUUUGAUUUCACAGUCUUCCUUGAAAGGUUCUCUGGGACUCCCAGACUUUCAGAAUUGCCAUCCUGACAGCUUUCUAGUGUGGUUAUUUGUUCCAAAGAUUACACUGUAAUAGUAAAUGAAUCUUAAGAAAUGCAGAUCUGACAGAGGGAAGCGCAGGGGUGCCAUGGUGGCUAUGUGGUCACUGUUAUACUGAAACUUAGAAAGCAAAGUAAAUAAGAUGGAAUCUUUAAUACUGUACUUUUUUCUCCCAGAAAAGUCCUAUGAUAGGUUUAAACUGGAAACUCAGGAUUAAAGUUGAAUUAAACAAUAGAGUUUGAUUAUCAUAUGGCAUAUAUUCAGAUCAUUUAAAUCUUUUCAGAUACCUUCAGUUAUAGAUUUGUGUUAUUUCUUGAAAAGGGCUCACUUCUGUAUUGAAUUUUUAAAUCUGUAUUUUAAAUAAAAUCAUUUUUACCAUGACUGAGAUGUUACAUCAGGUUGGCCAGAUAAACAGAACUUUUUUUUUUAAUGGUAUUUAAGUAGAUCAGAGCUUUAUGCUAAAGUGUUUUUUGUUUUUGUUUUUCUGUUAGUUUUUUUCAGUGUUUUGAAUAUUCCACAGGGUUGGGGAAAGUUACAUGGCAUUAUUUAAAAGAAAAAGCACCCAUAUAUCUAUCACAACUUGCCCAAUUAUGAGGCUUGGUAAUUAUCAUACUUAAGAUACUUUAUUACCUGAGUUUUUGGUUUUUAAAUGUGUUCUGUUAGUCAAAAGUGACUGCGACUCUAAUCUCCUAAUCUCCUUAAGUCAGCUUAUUUUUUGAGAUGUGUCAAUUUAGUUCAGCUGUGACAUCUUAUCAUAGUUGCUGUCAGGCUCUUCUCCAGCCACCUAACUAGACACUUAGUCCUCCUAAUAAACUAACAAAAUUUAAAACUUAAGGUGAAGGUUUAUAUAUGUGUGUGUGUGUGUGUGUGUGUGUGUGUGUGUGUGUAUAUAUAUAUAUGUAACAUUAGUAUAUCUAAAAGCUUAGUUUAUUUGGGCUCCUUUAUUUAAAAUAGUAUCUCAAUUGCAUUUCUGAUUACAUGAGGGAAACAACAUAUAUAUAUAUAUGUUUUGGCCAUUGAGUUUCCUCUGAAUUGAAUGCUUGUAUCCUCUGCCCAUUUUUCUUUCUGGUUUGACUUUUUCUUCUUUAUUUGUAGGUUUUUAUAUAGUCUGGAUACCAGUCCUUUGUUGAAUGUGUUACGAAACAGUCUUUAUAUUUUUGUGUAUGGAGUCUUGUUAUUUAUCAAUCUUUUAGUUUAUGGUUUUUGCUAUUUUUGUGUAAUAAAUCACCAUCUGAGGUUCAUACAUUCUCUGUAGAACAGUAGUUUUAAAGUCUUUAUCCCACCUCCCCAACCAUAUAUGUUUAGGUUUUUAAUCUGUAUUAAAUUUACUAUCUUAGGUAGUGCAAAGUAUGGAAUCUUAAUUUUUUCCCAUGUAGCUAGCUAAUUGUGCCAACACCAUGCUGGCCCUGUCAAAUACCAAUUUCCUAAAUAUGUGUCGCCCAUUUCUAGUUUCUAAAUUCUGUUCUAUAGUCUUUUGGUCUAACCUUAUACAAAUAUCACACCAUUUUAGUUUCUGUAGCCUCAUAAGCAAUGAUACCUGGCAUGCAUGCAUUGUCUUGAUCUCCGAUAAACUUAGUUCCUUUUAAUGAAAAUACAAUUAAUAAUCCACAUUAUGUAAUGCAUAACAGCCUGCAUCCACUUGGAGAUGUAAUACUGAAAAUUGUGUAUCCUACCUAUAAAGAUUAUGUGUUCCUGUUGCACAUUUACAUUUUAAACUAGUGUGGUGUAUUACAUUGUCAAUCUGAUCCCAUAGGGCUGGACCAAUAAUGAUGCCCAGUCAUGCUCCUGUGGAGCCUGAGCCAAAGGAAAAACUCAGUAAUAAUGAUUCUGUUCGUAUUUAAAAGUUAAGUGUUUUGUUCAUGAUUUCUGCAUUAGUUUUGGUUCUUUUAAAUGUUGCGUCAAAAUACUUGAAUGUGGAAUUCUUUUGGCCCCAAGGCAAAUGUCUUACUUGCACCCUCUAGUCCAGUUGAUAAGUAUUCCAGCAGCAGCUAGUUGCUAUUGAUUUUGCUUCCUUAGGCAGUAGGCUAUCUUUUAACAUGUGGAAAAUGUACUACUGAGAAAUAGCAAGUUCCAAAAGGAUGGCAUUUAUGUAAAUCUCCAAAAUUUAUUCUACGAUGUUUUGCAUAUUUUAAUGUCUUUUAAAUUGAGAAGCAUCUUAGUUCAGUGGGGUCUAGAGUUGCCAUUGGCUAGGCAGCAGUCGUGGCAUGGUUCUACCAACUUGGUCAUAGCCAUUCAUAGUUCACCUCCAUAAUUGUGUUUGGUACACUGUUGGAACUACAUGUAUUAAGUUUAAGGUUUAAAAUAUCUUCAAAAUGAUCACACUGAUUUAACAGAAGCAAAGUUACUGUGUAAGCAAAGCAUAGCUUAAUAUUUUUAAAAAGAUUUUAGUCUUAAAAACCCAUUACAGUAAGUAUAAAACAGUCCUGUUAUGAAAGCAUUGUUUCAUAGUUUAUUGGCAGCAUUUUUUUCUUAACUGUACAUAAAAGAAUGGUACAUAAAAUAGAGGGAUCUUAAAGUUGAUGGAAUAUAUAUAUAAUAUGCAAAACAUGCAUGGGAAUAAUGACACAUUAAUUUAGGACAGUGGUUUCUUUUGGAGACACUUGAGAGGUGUGAGAUCCCACCCCAUCCAAAAAAAGAUAAAAUGUUAACAUCUGUUAAAUUGGGGGAGUAGGUAAGGGUAUUUUACAUUCUUUUCUGUAAUUUUCUGUAUGUUUGAAUUUUUCAUAAAAUUCUGAAUUAAUAAAAUACUAAGUAAUGAAUUCAGUGGUCCUAAAUUGCAUUCCAGGAAGAGGGUACCAGCUUAUGAUUCCAACAGUGUACAAAAAAAAAAUCCCCAUGUCUUAUUUCUCACUAUUGUUGCGCACUGUCAAUUUGGUGGGUAAAAUACAGAAAUGUAUGGUAUAUUCUUGACUUAAUUCUCAGUUACUGAUUACUAAUGAUUACUUGUCUCAUAGUUUGGUAAUUAUAUGUAUGUCUCUUACAUGUAUGUCUCUUACUAAGGCCUAUUCACAUAUGUUGUUUUUUUAUGAAUAAAUUGAUCAUUUUUUUCUUA